AUGUUCUCUGAUAAUGGAGCAAAUAUCAUUGGUGCGGAAAAGAUGCUUCGCGUGAAUCUACACCAGUGCAUGUCCGAUAGCAGAUUUCAAUCCUUCUUUGCUGAAUCAAAUAUCGAGUGGCAUUUAAACCGCCCCUCAGCUCCCUAUAUGGGUGGCUACUGGGAGAUCGGUAUUAAAAGAAUAAAGUACCAGUUGAAACGUGUACUGGAAGAAACUUUGCUAUCAUACGAAGAAUUCAACACGUUGCUAAUAGAAGUUGAAGCCUGCGUCAACUCUCGUCCGUCUUGCGAAAAUUCCACAAGUGUCAAUGGCUUAGAGGCUCUAACACCGGGGCACUUCAUAGUCGGUGAAACUCUGAAGACUAAGAAAAAAACCUGA